AUGAUCACGCUCAAGGUCGUGUUGGAGACGGUGCCGGACUUCAGGUUCGGCCUCUACAGCCUCGUGGGGGCCACGUACACCUCCACGAUCGAGCACAUGGUGUGGGGCAGGGUCACGCUGUCGGGCGACAACAUGGUGAGGUACCUCAACCCCGUCAGCGACAUGUUCCUGUACAAGGACAUGAUCAACUCCUCGAUCAUGAAGGGGUACGUGGUCACCAUGAUGGGCAAGGACUUGAUCAGCCUGGUGGAGAGGAUCAUGCACCCCAUCAAGUACUACAGGUCGGGCAGGUGGAUGAACACCAUCACGGUCCUGCUGCUGAUCAGAUACCGGGCCAUGGUCAGGGACUACAGCACGUUCGAGAGCUGGCAGAUGGGCCCGUUCAUGGUGCAGAAGGUGGAGGUGACCAAGUACAGGUACGUGGCCAACCUCGCGGACAUGUUGCGCGACAUGGAGAGCGACAUCAUCAUCAACAACCGAGUGGACGUGCGCCUGCCGUCCGACAGCUUCAACCCUCUGUACCUGUACAGGGACGGCAGUGUUAUGCCGGUGCCGGACGUGGGGGCGGUCCACGACACGGCGUUCGGGACGGGCGUGGUCAUGAACAGGCUGCUGGUCGACCAGGUGGAGCUGCCCGCGGACGACGGCACGACCACGCUGGAGAUGAUGAUGAUAUACAUCGACGUGAACAGGGACCCGUUGGUCGCGAGGGUCACCUUCACGUUCCGGCCCAGCUGCGACUGGCUGACCACGUACAAGGCCACGUCCUACGAGACGCUGACGGACCCGUUCAGGGACUUCGAGGGGCUCGAGGCCGUCGACAAGAACACAUUGAUGAUCACCGACACACACGCGUGCUUCCACAUGAUGCCCUUCAUGCUCUCGUGCCAGCCCACGAACAAGCCCGUGGACUGCGGACCUCUUCACGAGCCUCGGCCAGUUCACGUCUCUGACCAUCUCCAUCACCACGGCGACUUCGACGCCGACGAGAUGUGGAGCGACGACGACGAGGUGGUCGACGGGUCCGGCAUGAUACAAACCUACACCGACGGGCACACGAACGCCGACGAGGACAACCCCAUCACCACGGUCGUGGUCAUGCCCACGGGCUAG